AUGUUGCAGUUGACGGUAAGGGGCAUACAUCAUGUCCCUGGAUAUGUGCCUGGAGCCGGUCACCACCAAGCAGAGAACGUAUCAACUGCAGUAGGCUGCCCAGGGGGAGAUAUCACCUGCAUGCGCUCCGUGAAUUACACAACUCUGAUGACCAUUGGCAGCGAAGUGGCCAGCAACUACAGCUACCAGCUCCAGCCGUGGGCAGAUGGAGACAUAGUUGCCGAUACUUACGAAGCACAAUUGUACCAGAAGAACUUCAAUUCCAGCGGACCUCUUGUGAUCUCCCAUGAGCGCCACGAUAAAAGCCAGAGCUCCAGCUCUGUCACCAGCGCAGCAGAUAUUGCUGCCGAGCUGCAAAUGUACUUCCGCGCAAUCACGGACGAUGUGGUUGAAGAGAUCCUCAAACUCUACCCUGCCUCGCAUUACGCGAAUGCAGGUUACCGUCUGUCCGACAUCUGUCAGGGCCUCGACAUGACCGGCAAGAACUUGGCUCUGACUCAGGCGCUGCAUAAUGAGACGUGGAAUGCUAUUUACUGGUAUAGUACUUAUAGUACUGUGCCGGCUAAUGGGUUGACUUCUUCUUCCUCAUCGUCAGUCAAUGUCACGGUUGCGCGCACCAUGCAAAAGUACCUCCUCUCCUUCGUCCUAACCGGCAACCCCAACACCCUCUGGCCCAACGACAAGAUCUACUGGCCGAAAAAUGGAAAUGCGACGAACACCAUCAACUUCAAUACAACUAUGUCCAUCACUUUUGAUGAUCUUGCCAACGACAAGAGCCUCUUCUGGAAUAAGGCUUUGUGGUACUGA